ACUGCCGAGGCUGGAUGUAGAUAGAGAGGGGAUUAGCUCAGGGUGGGGGAUAGAGGGAAAACUUUUUCCCUCCUUUGUUUUUUUAAGUGUCGUUUAUUUCAGUGUGAAGAAAAAGAGAGGGGAGGUGUGUGUGUGUCUGUGUGUGUGUGUGUGUUUGUGUGUGAGAGAGGGAGGACUGGUAAGAUUUUCCAGAGAGGUGGACUGGGACGGAAACUGAACAUUUUAGUUUGAAAGUUGGGUCGGAGUGACCGAGGCUCUACCCGGAGAAUGGAAGCGAGCUGAAGGUCCUCACAUCUGCAAUCGGAGCCUUUCUUUUCUUUUCUUUUCUUUUUUUUUUUUUUUUUUUUUUUUUUUUUUAAAGAGAUUUGCAUAAGGCAAGGCAGGGACGGGGGACAAGACCAUGCAGCCGCUGCUGUCGGGUUAGUGGAGCUUGUGAGUUAGGGGAAGAAAAAAGGAAGAGCCUAAGGAGAGAAAACCGGUUUUCCCUUGAAUCCUACCGCCGCUGCUUUUGUGUUUUUGAAUGGUUGGCUGCUUUUCCUGGCUGACAGAGCCGAGUGUCACAGAAAAGUUUGAGGCUUCAGCAGCUCACGGGCGCGUCGUCACCACACCUGCUCUGAUGGACUUGAGAUAACGCCCACAGCGGGCCCCGCCUUCCCUAUCCUGACUUUCAGCCUGUCCCAGAGCCUCAAAGUUCGACACAAUGACGGAUCCCACUGGACUGAGCUCUGAGGGGGCAGGGUCGGCCAUGGCAGAUGCCUGUAGUUUGGAGAUAGAGAGGAAGUAUGAUGUCAUCCCUACCGUCAUCUGCUCCAUGUGUUGCCUGUUUGGAAUCAUCUACUGCUUCUUUGGUUACCGGUGUUUCAAAGCUGUCAUGUUCCUGUCUGGCCUGAUGUUUGGCUCGGUCAUCAUUUUCUUGCUGUGCCACAAGGAGCACGUGCUGGACACGCAGCUGAGCGUCGAGGCAAGCGCGGGCAUCGGCCUCGGUAUAGGCCUCCUGUGCGGCCUCGUCACUAUGCUCGUGCGAAGCGUCGGCCUCUUCAUGACGGGCCUGCUGCUCGGCUUCCUCCUGGCUCUCGCCGCCCUGCUGGUCACUCAGCAGUUCUACACACCUACCACACUGUGGGUGCCGCUGGGCGCUCUUCUGGGAUCGGGCAUGCUGUUUGCCGUGCUGACACUGCAGUGGCAGAAGAUGUUCACCAUGCUGUCUACCGCUGUGUUUGGGGCGGCUAUCAUGACAGUGUGUGCAGAUUACUUUGUGGAGAUGCUGGUUUUGGGAAUGUACGUGUAUGAAUGCCUGCGCCUCACUCCCGGACAGGCGCUCUGCUGGUACAGCUGGGUCAUUCUGGGCAUCUGGCCUGCUCUCAGCCUCAUAGGAGUGCUGGUCCAGUGGAAACUGACGGACAACAGCUUCUCACACACAGAGGUUGUCAUCAGUCGGAGACAGAAGAGAGUCCAGCUGAUGCGGAUCCGAGAGAAAGACGCCAAGAAGCGACAGCAGGCAGGUGGGCAGGAAGGCACUUACCGCCGUAAACCCACCCCAGUGAAACGUUACGCUGGGGAUCUACUGGCACCGAGCUACCUGCAAAGUCUGCGGGACAGACAGAUGGGCACCGGCACUUCCCUUAGCAGCCUGGGCACCGCCAACCACACCACGAUCGACUUAGACUACGACACUGGUUCCACGGUGCCCCUCACAGCCACAACGCCAGUCGUCAGGGUCUGAGCAGCACAAACAUAAGAAGGGACUACUUAAUGCACUCUGGUUCUCCAACUGUGUCUUCCUAAUGUAGAGUAGAAGUUAAUAACUGCUCUUCUAUCCAUGGGGUGUUUGUCCCCCUUGAACUGAUUUUCUCCUCAGUGGGUCACAGGUGUUCAGCAAAACACAGCGCUGCGGGAGAACGUAAGAGGAUGAGGCUAAAACCACUGCAACUUCUGUUUCACAGAGAAACACAAGAAAAACCCCAGACAUGAACAAAAAUAGAGGUCGACCAUUUCCACUCUUCACUGAGCACAUAACAGCCCAAUGAGCCUCGAAGACAGAUGUGUUUCUGUUCUGAUAGUGAACAUCACAAAGCAAUGCUUGACAUUACAUGUACUGUACUUCAGAAGUUAGUCAUCGCAAUCAAAUGUCAUGUUAUUACCCGUUUUACCCUUUUCCCGUCCGGUCGUAGGAUUUUUUUUGUGGGGGGGUCUUGUCAUUACAGUAAAUUUGAUUUUGUGUAUUUCUUCAGAUGGAGUAUGAUGAAAAAGUGAACUAUAGGACCUGGCUGUGUGGAGUAAGACAAAGUGAAGUGAAAACUAAAUGAUGCGAGAGAGGAAAAAAGCCUUUUGCUGGAACCCUUAGCGGGAUCUUCUAGCAGCACUCUAACAAAUUCUGUCAUCUUUCUGUUUUUGCAAUGUAGCUCCCAUCAGAAUAAAAUGGGUGGUGAUUUCGAGUCCACUUUUUACAAUUUAAUUUAUAUAAUGUUCAAGUACCUUAGUAGCGCUAAGUAAAAAAGGAGAAAAAACAAAACAAAACAAAAACAAAGCAUGUUUGUUGUUGAUUUGUAGAUUUUUAAAUAAUUAUCCAGACGUUGUUGGGAUCUUUUUUUGCAGUGACUACACACGUGUUGCCUGAAUCUGUAAAUACCUGUUGAUAGAAAUGUCAAAGAUUAAUAAAUUUGUUUAAUAGUAA